GUUUGGCUGGUGGUCGGGAGGCGCUCGAGUCAGCAUCCCUUCUGCCUCCCCAUCACCACUAUCCUCCAGCAUCCGAUAAAACACCAAGAAAAGCCGCAGGCAUAAAGUGAAGGGGAUGGAUGUUGUCGAGGAUGAUCUGAGCCUUUGACACCAUGAUGAACCCAUCCUCUGCCGAAACGCCGCGGCAGCCAGACAAUAGCAGCCGGAAGCAACAGCGGUCGUCUUCCCCGGCCGGGCUCAAAGACGGCGGAUCUAAAGCUGCACAGAAGGGCAGCAGCUCGUCAAAGCCCAUCACGUCAAAACAAGGAUCAGGAGGAGGAGGAGGAGGAGGAGGAGGGGGAGGAAGAAGCAGCCGAGGUCAUUCUCCCGUUUCCACAGGCAGGGAGCGGCAGGUCGGCGGGGCUCCGUGCGUCAGAGGCGCGGCCGCUGUCCAGGCUCCUGGUGCUGAAAGCCCGACGCAGAGCAGGCCCGCGGCGGCAGACGACUCCCCACGCACCUCCGCCGAUGCCCCGUCACCAUCCAGAGCGGACCAGAACCGCGUCGUCUCCGAUCAGCCCUGCGCAUCCAAAUCCCCUAAACUGAGGAGCAAAAAUCUGAGGGGAUCGGAGGCCACGGCGUCGACGAGCGGCAACAAGAAGAGCUCCAAAAGCACAGUGGGCUGCGGGCCUGGAUUCUGGAAAGAGGGAUGCUUACAAUCGGAGCUAAUACAAUUCCACUUAAAUAAGAGUUUGGGGAAGAAAGGGACAAAGAUGCAGGCGAAAUCAGCAUCUCCACCGGCCUCGGAACCGGAACUGUCCCCAGAAAAGGACAGUCCACAACCGGCUCCACAGCAGGACCAGAGGCUGCAAGAGGAGAUGGAGAGGCUGGAGGAUGAAAACGAGGACCUGAAGAAUGAAAUUGAGGAGAUGAGGGCAGAGAUGGAUGAGAUGAGGGACACCUUCUAUGAGGAGGAUGCCUGCCAACUGCAGGACAUGCGCAGAGAGCUAGAGCGAGCCAACAAAAACUGUCGGAUCCUCCAGUACAGACUGAAAAAGGCUGAAAGGAAGAGGCUUAGGUUUACAGAGAGUGGCCAGGUGGAUGGAGAGCUGCUCAGAAGUCUGGAGCAAGACCUGAAGGUGGCAAAAGAUGUGUCUGUACGCCUGCACCAUGAGCUGGAGAAUGUGGAGGAGAAGAGGACCAAGACAGAAGAUGAGAAUGAAAAACUGAGACAACAGCUGAUAGAAGUAGAGGUCACCAAACAGGCCUUACAGAAUGAACUGGAGAAAGCCAAAGAGCUCUCACUGAAGAGGAAAGGAAGUAAGGAAGGGCAGAAAGCAGAGAGAAAGACUCCACAGACUCCCAUUGAGGAGGAAAAUGAGGAUCUGAAAUGCCAGCUAGCCUUCAUCAAAGAGGAAGCCAUAUUGAUGAGGAAAAAGAUGGCAAAGAUUGACAAAGAAAAAGACAGACUGGAGCAGGAGCUGCAGAAGUACCGCUCCUUCUACGGGGACGUGGACAGUCCUCUGCCCAAAGGCGAGGCUGGGGGGCCUCCCACCACUCGAGAAUCAGAGCUGAAGCUCCGUUUGCGACUGGUGGAAGAGGAGGCGAACAUCCUGGGGAGGAAGAUUGUAGAGCUGGAGGUGGAGAACAGGGGACUGAAGGCUGAGCUGGACGACAUGAGGGAGGACAGUCUGGCGGCAGCUGGAGUGGACGGCUCUGGCACUGGGGGUCAGCAGUGCAGGGAGCAGGGGGAGGCCCUGUCAGAGCUGAGGCAGCAGCUUCAGCUGGUGGAGGAUGAGGCCGAACUUCUCCGCAGGAAUUUGGCUGAUGUAGAGGAAGAAAAUAAAAAGGUGACAAGUGAACUUAACAAAUUGAAGUACAAGGCGGGGUCCCAUGAAGCUGGUUCAAGACAUGGAGGAGGAGGAGCUGACCCCGCUAAAGUGGAGGCGCUCCAGGAGGAGUUGAAAGCUGCGCGUCUGCAGAUCAAUGAGCUGAGUGGUAAAGUCAUGCAGCUCCAGUAUGAGAACCGGGUGCUCCUGUCCAACAUGCAGCGCUACGACCUGGCAUCCCACCUGGGCAUCCGCGGCAGCCCUCGGGAUAGUGAUGCUGAGAGUGACGGCGGACGGGACGACGACACCCCAUCCGCCUCAGCCUCAUCCCCUCGCCUCCUCCCACCUCAUCGUAAGCGGGAGGGCCCUAUUGGAGGGGAGAGUGACUCUGAUGAGGUGAGGAACAUCCGCUGCCUCACCCCGACCCGCUCCCUUUACUCACCUGUGGAUAGCCGUUUUUUAUCCAGAAGCCUGAAGGACCGGCAACAGAUGAUAGAUAUCCGCAUCGAGGCGGAGAGGCUGGGCCGGACCAUCGACAGGCUCAUCGCUGACACCAGCACUAUCAUCGCCGAGGCCCGGGUGUACGUCACCAAUGGAGAGCUGUUUGCAAGGCUGGAUGAGGAUGAGGAGGGUGGCAGAAUCCGAGAGCAUGAGCUGCUGUAUCGUAUCAACGCCCAGAUGAAGGCCUUCAGGAAGGAGCUGCAGAGUUUUAUAGACCGCCUGGAUGUACCCAGACAAGAGGAUAAAAACGCAGAGGAGCCACUGUCUAUGUUUCAGCCCAUUAUUUUGCUGAUUCUCAUUCUUGUUCUGUUUUCCUCACUCUCCUAUGCCACUAUCUUUAAAUUGGUAUUCCUGUUCACCCUAUUCUUUGUUCUUUAAGGCAUAAACAAAGUAUAUUAUGUUAAUCUAUUUAUUUAUUUAUUUAUUCAUUAUUUAUUCAUUCAUUCAUUCAUUCGUUUUACUUCUGUUAUGUUGAACACAUCACAUAAGGUCACUCAAGGUACAGGAUAUUAUCAUUUUCCACGUAUGACCCAAGACACUCAUCUACUCAGAUGCUUCCAUCAUUUAUUGACGACCACACACCUUGGAACAACAGUGAAGUUAUA